GGAGGGAGGUUAUUGUAGGUGAGGGCAGGCAAUGGCACAGGAGGGCAGUUACUAUAGGUGAGGGCUGGCAUGGGCACUGGAGAUCAGUUAUAGGUGAGGGCUGGCAUGGGCACAGGAGAUCAGUUGUAGGUGAGGGCUGGCAUGGGCACUGGAGAUCAGUUAUAGGUGAGGGCUGGCAUGGGCACAGGAGGGCAUUUAUACCAUUCCACGUAAAUGAGAGAAAAGGUUAUUGAAAGCCCUCAUUGUGGGGAAGGGUAUAAGGAGAGAUAUAGCAUCUGCGGCACUUCACCAACAGCUCAUCUUGCUGCGACGCGGCAUGACGCGACGGUCUGCGACUAUUUGCAUUUGGUGAUUGCUCCAUUCAUUACAUUAGGAAUUCAUAGCUAUCGCCGGAUGGGAAUGCUCGUAGCCCGACAUGCCAUGCACCAAGCCGCAUCGCAGCAAAGACGUGCGUGGCUACACAUAAACUCAUAGAAUCCACAUAAACUGUCACCUAGGAUUUGCCAGUGAGUGUGGCAGACGUGGCACAUACUGCGGGCGUGCGGUGUUUGCGUACAGAGACGCAGGAGGCCAUAAUCAGGCGGACAAACUGCCCCUACCACAGGCAUGCUGCAAGUUCCUAUGGUGCGACCAGUGGUGGUGUCUAAAGUGGCAAUCGAUAUUACACCGCGCACGGACAGCGAGUGUCCCACCUUUUGUAGCGCGUAUGUACACCAGGCACAGAGUGUGUAGCGCCAUGUGCAUAAAGUCGCAGACGGGCGACCGCCAAUAGACGCUGCUGCGUGCGAGUCAGGCUUAUAGGUUCCGCGUCUCUAGCACUGGAGGCUGAUCUGCACUGGAUAUAGACGGAGGCUCUGUAUGUUCUAUCCGUGUAUCUGAGUAACGUCCCACCCUUUCCCCAUGUACGUAGCACUAUCCCCACAUCACUCUGACUCCAUGGCCAUCUGCUCCCUGACCCCAGCCACCUCCUGCCCCUGACAUUGGUCUCCAUAGCAGUCAGGUUGUCCCAGGUAGAGAGCAGUUGCCAUGGACGGCAGAGGGAGCUGUUUGAUGUCCUCUUCCAUGGAAACCUGAGCUCAGCAGCACAAUAUAAGGCAGAGGGAGGAAUGUGGAGUCAGAGACUAUCCUUACCUGACCACAGAGCACCUCUCCUCUCAACAUGUCUGACCCCAAGUCCAUCCCCAGCGAGCCCAUGCCCCUGGACAUGGACAACCGGGACCCUAACAACCUGAAUGAGCAUGUCCGGGUCCUCUUUGAAGAUGCCUUUGGGGAGCCUGAGGGGUCUUACAGCAUCCCAGGGGUUUGGGGCAUGUCCUACAAGACCUUUGGUGGGGUGAAGAACUGCUGCUAUAUGGUCCUGUCCAUCCUGUGUGGUUGUCCGCUGAGCUUCUGCUGGGCCUUGGAAUUUGCCUGCAAUCAGUGCUGCCUCAUCUGGUGCAUCGGGCCCUGCGUCCACAUGUGGAAGAUGAACCUCUCCUGCGUGAAGAUGUUCUGGAGCUCCUGCGUCCACUGCCUGUGUGACCCGUGCUACGAAGCCUGCGGCCUGUGUCUCAGCUUCAUCCGUGUACAGAACAAAAACGGAUAAUAGCCACAGUGUCCAGACCCCAAAAUUACCCCCAGGCCCAUCAUAGUGGCCGACUCCUGAGACGCCCCACGUCCCAGCUCCAGUCCACAUCACACAGCAGUGUGAUCACAUGAACUGUCUGCUACUGUACACUUGUCCCGUGAGCUAGCACUCCCAAGUCCUGCACUGGCUAAAUGACAUAGGAAGAUGUAACUGUUAUAUAAUGAAUAAUUAUUCUAUGUAAAUAAAGGCGUGUCUGUGUA